AUUUGCGCCAAAUAAAUGCUCGCUGGUCAUUCCGUCUUUUUCUUCUUGACCACCUUCCUUCAUGUCGACCGUCCCUCCAGUUCGCUCGACGCCUCCGUCGAUGGAGACUCUCACUCCCCCUAUAACUCCGAAGCUUAAUGGCGACGCUAACUCACUGUCCUCAAAGAAGUUCAUUGAGGAUCCCGAGCACGUCCCUGCCGACGCUAAUAUUCCUGAUAACUACGUGUCUUACACCCUCAAGCACCAAAAAUCUCUUCCUCCACUCUCUUGGGACAACUGGUACAAGGAGUUAAACUGGCUGCACGUUGCAAUUCUCGCUGGUACGCCUGUCGUAGGUCUUGUCGGCGCGUACUACACUCGCCUUCGAUGGGAAACUGCGGUUUGGUCAGUGGUAUACUAUUACAUGACUGGUCUCGGCAUCACUGCUGGUUAUCACCGGCUAUGGGCACAUCGUUCAUACAACGCGUCGAAGCCCCUUCAGUACGUUCUUGCAUUCGUCGGUGCAGGUGCAGUUGAAGGCUCUAUUAAAUGGUGGUCACGGGGACACCGUGCUCACCAUCGUUACACCGACACCGACCUUGACCCGUAUAACGCACAUCGCGGCCUCUUAUGGUCACACAUUGGGUGGAUGGUUGUCAAGCCCCGUCGCAAGCCUGGCGUUGCUGAUGUUAGCGACUUGACAAAGAACGAGGUUGUAAGGUGGCAGCACAAAUACUACCUGUUCCUUGUCGUGAUUAUGGGCUUCCUCUUCCCUACUGUUGUGGCUGGACUUGGCUGGGGUGACUGGCAGGGUGGCUACAUAUAUGCCGCUCUUCUACGUCUUUGCUUUGUUCACCACUCCACAUUCUGCGUUAAUUCGCUCGCUCAUUGGUUGGGUGAAACACCAUUCGAUGACAAACAUAGUCCUCGCGACCAUCUCAUUACUGCCCUCGUCACAAUUGGUGAAGGGUACCACAACUUCCACCACCAGUUCCCCAUGGACUACCGCAAUGCCAUCAAGUGGUACCAAUAUGAUCCUACAAAGUGGUUCAUUUGGUCGUGCCAGAAGCUUGGCUUCGCAAGCCAUCUGAAGUCCUUCCCUGAUAAUGAGGUCCGCAAGGGUCAGCUGACCAUGCAACUUAAACGUCUUCGCGAGACCCAGGAAACCCUGUCAUGGCCUUCUGAUAACAGUGACUUGCCCGUCAUUUCCUGGGAGAGCUACCUUGAACAAGCCAAGAGCCGUCCACUCAUCUGCAUUGCUGGCUUCAUCCACGAUGUUUCAGACUUCCUUGAUGACCACCCAGGAGGCCGUCACUUGUUGACGAAGAACAUUGGCCGGGAUGCCACUACAGCAUUCUUUGGAGGUGUUUAUGACCAUAGUAACGCCGCACAUAACCUCCUUGCGAUGAAGCGUGUCGGCGUUCUUCACGGCGGAGCCCCACAUGGCCUUGAAGACAAGACCAUACCUCCAAGCCAGCGUCUCCGCAUUGCACGAUACAACGAGAUCGGUGGCAGCGGCUACAGUUCCGCAGCCCACUCUGAUGGCGAGGGUCUCCUCGGAUAAUACCCUUCCUAGCCCUAGAUGCGUGUCCAUUCAGGAUAGAAUUUUCAGACUUUAUUACAUUCAGCAAUUAUUGACUCUGCAUAUAUUGCAAUACCGGCUGUGCCUUAAAAAGCUUGUUGACCCUUUCCCCCCAUUUCUCUUCAUACGAUACGCCACGCCCCGCUGUUACGCCUUGUCAUGUUUGCGAUGGUAAUACGAAGGCAGAAUGUACGAUAUACAUACUUUGGUGUUAUACCUUUGUGGUUGGAACUGAGUUGUUUUUACGCACAUUUUGAGGCUGUAUGCACGUCAAGUUCACAAUUGGAGUGUCACCUUGUACCAUAA